AUGAAAGCUCAAGGGGAGGUAGGGAUUAAUGAGCAUGGAAACAAUAUUAAUUUGAAGAGUUUGCCUAACUCACCUCUGGAAUUGUAUGUAUUUUUUAAAAAUAAGUAGGCUAAUUUGCAAAAAAAUUAUUUUCCAUUGUCAGAUGAGUAAAAUAAAGAAGUGCCCAAAAUCCCCAAUUAAUGGCUUAGACGUUGUUGAUUAUAUUUAUGAUAAAGUUUCUGAUGUAAAUAUUGGAAGAUUUGCAGCAAGAUCAGUCAGUCCUGGAAAUAUAAUUAAAAAAGACCUCACUUUAAGAGGUUUUCUCACCAAACAAGAAAAUACUUCAGACCUUAAGCCUGCUUCAAAAAGCUACAAAAUUAACGAAAGCAUUCAAAUUUUUAACAAAAAAUCAAACUUAAUGAAUAAAUCCUAUCUUCUGCCUUCCAUAAACAAAGAAAGCUCUAUUGAGCAGCUAUGCACAGAAAGAAUUAUGAGAUUUUUAUCUCCUAAUAAUACCAGAAGCCAGCAUUUAAAAGGAAUUUUAACUAGAAAAGACUAUAUGUCGCCUGAAAAAUUAGUAAAAAGAAGAGAAAGGAAAUUCAAAAGGUUCAAGGAAGCUUAUGAUAAUUAUCAGCAAGACAAUAAAAUCCAAAAUUUGUCAAGGUCUAUUUUACAGCAAGAAAAAGCUGUCAAAAAGUGCUCGGAAAGAAUGAAAUGGACGGCAAAUAAACUUAAAGAAAUGGACGAAUGCGAAGGGAGAGUUUUGAAAGGAUUUUUUAAGUAUUUUUUAGACUUAAAAACUCAGGAGGAUUUAGAUGCUGUCAAAAUUGCUGAAGAAAUCAGAAGAUCUCCAAGAGAUUUGGAGCGAAUCUUUAAGGAUUUUAGAAGAAUGAUGCUUAAAUAUAAGGAAAGAAUGAUACUUUAG